AUGGGUCUCCGGAGCAUUCAACCUUAUGCCCCACACAAGGUUCUAUGCCAGCUAGGCAGGUUCCUAGAGCCAAAGACUCAGGUACGGGAUCUAUCCAAAGGCGAGUCAGAGCCUAGCUACACAACUUGGUACGGUAAAAGGUCUCAAGUCCAUCAGGAGCCCGAACGGCCCGCCAAAAGGCCCCAUGUCCAACAAUUCACUGACGGGGUACAGGAGCAAUGGGAUUGGUUGGCAAAAGAGGGGAGAAAAAGACUCAUAAAUGGGCUUAGGAAGAAAAUAGCUGCUGAGAAUCAGGAAAGGAGCCGAAAGGAUGAAAGACUCAUAAAUGGGCUUAGGAAGAAAAUAACUGAAUGCGAGGAUGACUUGGAAAAAUCCGAGGGUAAUCUGGUAAGAGCUCGAGCACAGUUAGCGAAGAACGCAGAAGGACGAGCGGAAUUUGUCCGGCAGCUAAAAAGGAAAUAUGAGGAAGAAGCCACCAACUUGAAGAAAAAACUAACUACCCUCGAGAAUGAAAUGGCUAAACAAACAAAGAGCUUUAAAGCUGAAAGAGAGCACUGCUAUGCCUUGAUGGCACAGUUAGAGAAAGACCUUCAGCAGCUUCAAGUGCAAAAUCAUACAGCUGAACAAGUUUUGGGGGCCAGAUCUCAGCAGAUUGGGCGAUUGCUUCAAGAGAAGGGUAUUAUCAAAGAAAGGGUUAGAAGCAUUGCGGACUACAUUGUGAUGAAGUGCAACGAGUGUGAGCACAUGACCAGGUCCAUGUUCUUUGCCUCCGUUAAGAUUUUUUUCCAACAGAUCAUGGAUGACCUAUUUCGCCUUCAAGAAGAUAGGGCGAAUAGGCCUGCGGAAUUGGAUGCAAGGGUUAUUGAUCCGUCAAGAGAGGGGGAAGAGUCUGAUGUCAAUCUGAAAGAGGAGUUGCAUAAGUUAAAACACCAAAUGGCAGAGAUGUACCAAGCGUGGAUGAAAGGGCAUCCACCACCAUCAUACCCCGCCAACCCUGCUUUCUUCCCACCACUGGCUCAAUCCCAAGAACCUCCCACUGUUGAUUCAUCUCCAGCCACCUCUAUUUUCUUGGCACCACCACCAGCUACGCUUCAUCGAUCCUCCAGCGAGCCUUUGUUUCAAACCCAAAAGAACCAAUACUAUCCCCCGGAGCCUACUUUCAAGGCCCCAGAUCAUUACUCCUACACUCCUCGUUUUGACCUCCCAGUUGAGACUGAGAAACCACUUAAAAACCCAAAGCAGAAGGAAAUGUUCAGAAAGGUAAAAAGCCCGGAACAAUCGUUCAGAAGCAUGCAGGAAUUGGGAGGCCAGGUGAGCGUGGCCUACAAAGAUUUCUGUUUAUUUCCUGAUGUUUAG